GGACAGGCGGGGAGCGCGCGCGCUCAUUCAUCCGCCUGCCCAUGCGCAGAGCCCGCCCCCGCCGGGCCGCGUGAGGCGGCGGGAGACGCCUGCGCGAGACCCGCGCUCCGACGUUCGCCGUUCGCGAGCGGCUCCGAUUGGCUGCGAGUGGCCUGACCCCGCCCCGUAGCGGCGUGGCCGCGGGUCCCGGCCCUCGCCUCCACCGCCCCCUCCCCCGUGCCUGUCAGUGAAGGUUCCCGAUGGUUCUGGAAGGAGGCGGAGCCCCGCAUAUAUAAGCCAAGCGGGCGGUGGGGAGCGCGCACUGGUGAAGGUACGUCCGUGAGGGCAGAGCGCGCUUACAGCUACAGUAAGGAGACUAGCAGCCCUUCCCCCCUGCCAAGAUGCCGGAAGCUGUGCAAACUCAAGACCAACCAAUGGAGGAGGAGGUGGAGACCUUUGCCUUCCAGGCUGAGAUUGCUCAGUUGAUGUCUCUGAUCAUCAACACUUUCUACUCCAAUAAGGAAAUUUUUCUGAGGGAGCUGAUUUCCAAUUCAUCAGAUGCUCUGGACAAGAUAAGAUAUGAGAGUUUGACUGACCCAAGCAAGCUGGAUUCUGGAAAAGACCUGAAAAUUAACUUGAUUCCAAACAAGCAUGAUCGCACUCUGACCAUUGUUGAUACAGGCAUUGGGAUGACCAAAGCUGACCUGGUCAACAACCUUGGUACAAUUGCCAAGUCUGGUACUAAGGCAUUCAUGGAAGCACUGCAGGCAGGGGCUGAUAUAUCCAUGAUUGGUCAGUUUGGUGUUGGCUUCUACUCUGCUUACCUGGUUGCAGAAAAAGUGACGGUGAUAACCAAGCACAAUGAUGAUGAGCAAUAUGCUUGGGAGUCAUCAGCUGGAGGAUCUUUCACUGUCAGGCUUGAUAAUGGUGAACCUUUGGGCCGUGGGACAAAAGUCAUUUUGCAUCUCAAAGAAGAUCAGACUGAGUAUCUGGAAGAACGGAGAAUCAAGGAAAUAGUGAAGAAGCAUUCCCAGUUCAUCGGCUAUCCUAUUACACUCUUUGUGGAGAAGGAACGUGAUAAGGAAGUGAGUGAUGAUGAGGCUGAGGAAAAGGAAGAGGAAAAAGAAGAGAAGGAGGAAAAGACAGAAGAUAAACCAGAGAUAGAGGAUGUUGGUUCUGAUGAAGAAGAAGAAAAGAAGGAUGGAGACAAGAAGAAGAAAAAGAAGAUCAAGGAGAAGUACAUUGACCAUGAGGAACUGAACAAGACCAAGCCCAUUUGGACCAGGAAUCCAGAUGACAUAACCAAUGAAGAAUAUGGGGAAUUCUACAAGAGCCUAACUAAUGACUGGGAAGACCAUUUGGCUGUCAAACACUUCUCUGUGGAAGGGCAGUUGGAAUUCAGAGCUCUCCUCUUUGUCCCACGGCGUGCACCCUUUGAUCUGUUUGAAAACAGGAAGAAGAAGAAUAACAUCAAGCUGUAUGUACGCAGGGUUUUCAUUAUGGACAACUGUGAGGAACUGAUCCCUGAAUAUCUGAAUUUCAUGAGAGGUGUGGUGGACUCUGAGGAUUUGCCUCUGAAUAUUUCCCGUGAAAUGCUGCAGCAGAGCAAGAUCCUCAAAGUGAUCCGGAAGAACUUGGUAAAGAAGUGCUUGGAACUCUUCACUGAGUUGGCUGAGGACAAGGAGAAUUACAAGAAGUUCUAUGAGCAGUUCUCCAAGAACAUCAAGCUGGGUAUACAUGAAGACUCCCAGAACCGCAAGAAGCUCUCAGAAUUGCUGAGGUAUUACACUUCUGCAUCUGGUGAUGAAAUGGUUUCUCUGAAGGACUACUGCACUCGGAUGAAGGAAAACCAGAAACAUGUCUACUAUAUUACUGGUGAGACAAAAGAUCAGGUGGCCAACUCUGCUUUUGUGGAGCGUCUUCGCAAACAUGGCCUGGAAGUGAUCUACAUGAUUGAACCUAUUGAUGAGUACUGUGUGCAGCAGCUGAAGGAAUUUGAAGGCAAGACCCUGGUUUCUGUAACAAAAGAGGGUUUGGAGCUUCCAGAGGAUGAGGAGGAGAAAAAGAAGCAGGAGGAGAAGAAAGCCAAGUUUGAAAACCUCUGCAAAAUAAUGAAAGAUAUCCUUGAAAAGAAAGUAGAAAAGGUGGUUGUGUCCAAUCGUUUAGUCACUUCUCCAUGCUGUAUUGUAACAAGUACAUAUGGCUGGACUGCCAACAUGGAGAGGAUCAUGAAAGCACAGGCAUUACGAGACAACUCCACAAUGGGAUACAUGGCAGCAAAGAAGCAUCUGGAGAUUAAUCCUGAUCAUUCCAUCAUUGAAACCCUGAGGCAAAAGGCAGAGGCUGAUAAGAACGACAAGUCUGUAAAAGAUCUUGUCAUCCUGCUGUAUGAGACAGCGCUGCUGUCCUCUGGCUUCAGCUUAGAAGAUCCUCAGACACAUGCCAACCGCAUUUACAGGAUGAUUAAACUUGGCCUGGGCAUUGAUGAAGAUGAUACUGCUGCAGAAGAAGCUAGUCCAGCAGUUACCGAGGAGAUGCCACCUCUGGAAGGAGAUGAUGACACAUCACGCAUGGAGGAGGUGGAUUAAACCAGUUUACAGGAACUUGUGAAUGUUUCCUUGGCUAAUAUGAAUAAGUUAUAUUUUGUAUAUUAUGAAUGUUACCUGCCAAAAAAAAUCUUUGACACUUUGUCUGCAUUCCCUCUUAUAUUUAUUUUCAAAGAUGUUAUACCUUUAUUUUUGUUACAUUGCUUUUUCAGCUGAUGUGAGAUACAAAUGCCAUUGAGGGAAUAUUUUCUUUAACACUGUACAACCCUAAACAGGCAAGUAAGGAGUAGUUAUUUUUGUCUGUAUUAGCUGGUUGCAGGUGGCAGGGUUUUUGACUUAUUCUUAAUUGCCAGAAAUGUGGUAAAGAAGUAACAAAGACGGUGUGACAUCAGGAUGCUCAAGUUUGUUUUGUGUUAUACAGCUCUUCAACUCUAAAUGUGUCUAACAUACAGUACCUAGUAACUAGGUAUCUAGGAGAGCUGAAAUAUUUGGGGAAGCUUUAACCCUUUUGCUCCUAACAAGGUCUUGAUGUUCAAAGUUGUUUUUUAUACUGUUUCAGGAUUCUGGAUUGCACUCUACCAUAGAAUAGAAUCCACUGUAAAUCUCUAUUGUGAUUUAUGCAACUCUGCAUGUGCAGUUCAAACCUAGAACUGUAAGAAUAAAAGUGUUAAGAAUGA